ACUUCAUUGAGUCGGAAAGCUCCGGAUCAUUAAUGACCAAAGAGGGGAGACGUUUGACAGACGAUUAAACGCAAUAUGUAAAAAUGAACACGACAGUAUACUACUAUCAGCCGCGUCCUCAUGAAUAUGCAUCGACUGGAUGAAUACUGAUGAGCUGGACAGGUGGAGGAUGGCGCUGCUGCUGCUCAGGAGGUGUGAGAGGAAUCUUUUUAAAUCCUUCGUGAGGAACCAAGGCAUUAACUUACAGCUAGUUUCGCCACAAUGUAGCGGACCUGGACCUGGUCUGAGAGAGCAGGGUGCAUUUUAAAAGGAUCAUCCAGACGUCGCGGGAAAGAAGCAGCAACUAAUCUUUUCUUAGUUUUUAUAUCUCGAGGGUUUUGCCGCCUUGCCAAGAAUUUACGAGUAGUAUAUUCUGGUAUUUCUGUGGAAUGAGAUGAGGUCCUUGUAUGGCAAACUUUUUUUUGUCGCCUGUUUUUUAUAUGCGUUGAUGUUGUUAACCUCCUGGCACACAUCAAAGUCAGAUAACUUGCCAUUUCAGCUGCAUUCGGUCUAUGAGAGGUUACUGCGGGCACAACAACAAGGGGAGGUCUUAUCAAAAAAACUGUCUAAAGUGCUUGGUCAACUUCAAAACCGCAGCAUUGCUACAUUGAAUCACACAAUCAGCAACUCCUCAGCUAUAUUAGAAGAGAGGGUCCUUCGGCACUUGUUGCUUUCACAGCCUAAUGCCUACAUCUACUUGCCUCACCUGAAGGAGGAUGAGGACAGUCUGAAACCCAUCGUUCACCUGGGGCAGCGACGCACUGGAGUGUCUCUGGUGUUAGGGGUGCCCACCGUGCACAGGCAGAAACAGAGUUAUCUAGUGAACACACUCCAGUCUCUCCUAUUUGACCUAUCAACUGCCGAGAGGAAAGAUAUUGUCAUUGUAGUCUUUAUUGCCGAGACAAAUAAAAGAUUUGUGAAAGCUGUUGUCCAGAGUGUACAGACCAAUCUCCCAGAUGCUGUCAGUUCUGGAGUGAUAGAGGUGAUCUCUCCGUCUCCUCACUAUUACCCAGACUUAAGUAACCUGAAGGAAACUUUUGGAGAUCCCAAGGAGCGUGUCAGAUGGAGGACCAAGCAGAACCUUGACUACAGUUUCCUUAUGUUGUAUGCACAGUCUAAGGGCACAUACUAUGUCCAGCUUGAGGAUGAUAUUGUAGCAAAACAAGGAUACUUUGAGUCCAUGAAAAAACAUAUAGCGCAUGUGCUUUCAGAGGAGUGGCUUUUCCUGGAGUUUUCCCGGCUGGGAUUCAUUGGCAAGCUUUUCCGCACAUCAGAUCUACCAAUGAUUGUGGAGUUCUUCCUGAUGUUUCACAAAGAGAAACCGAUAGAUUGGCUGCUCGAUCACAUCCUGUGGGUUAAAGUGUGUAAUCCUGAGAAAGACUCAAAACACUGCGAUAAUGAGAAGGCCCGACUGAAGAAAACUUACAAACCCUCCCUGUUUCAGCAUGUUGGUUUGCAUUCCUCACUCCCCGGUAAAAUUCAAAACCUAAAGGAUAAAGACUUUGGGAAUCAGGUGCUGUUCAAAGGUCACAAUAACCCACCAGCAGAACUCAGGAGCAGUCUGCAGAAAUAUCUGUCUCACACUCUGGAGCGAGCUUACAAUGGAGUGGACUUCUUCUGGGGCCUCACACCCAAAAGAGGAGAUUACAUCCUCAUUACUUUCAGCACACCCCAAGCUGUCAAAGGGUACCUUUUUCGAUCUGGCAAUAUUGAGACAAAUGGUGACAGGUUUUACAACACUACAGUGGAGGUGCUCCCUACUAAUAAAUCUGUGAAAGAGAGGGUGACGAGACGAGAAUUAGCCUGCUGUAAACCCUCAUCUGAUGGUUUUGUUCAGAUAGGUUCCUUCAAGAAUGGAGUGGCUGAGGGAGAAGUGGAUGGAGCGUUAGGAGAAACAGCGGCCAUGCGACUCCUGGUUCACUCUGAUUCUGAUGUCUGGGUCCUUCUCAGUGAGAUCUUUAUUAAAGUUUGACGCUGUUUGAGCUGUUGAGAAAGGAGAAAUUUGAUCUGCAUGGUAACAUGUAAUACCCCCUACUGCGGACAACAGCGCAUGCUGCUGGUCUGGAAGUGAACCUCUCCGUGCUUGUAUGUGUUCUGAAUGACAGCUGAGUGAAAAACCUGUUUACAAUGUUAUUUGUUUAUUGUGGCCCAUGAAGGUUUUGUUUGAUUUAUUGAUUUGUAUAAAUUACUCUAUUUAUUGUUUAGUGUUGCAAAAUAACUUAAAGGGACCACACAAGCAGGAUUUGACCAUGUUUUAUAUUAUACUGAAUUAUUUAAAAUAUUUUUUUGUCAGUAAAUGGCAGCAAUACCAACUGUUUCAACUGUCACGGCAUCAUUGUGUUCUUUUCUGCUCAUGUCAUAAUCUUUUUUUUUAAAUUCUUCAUUACCAGCAACACAAAGUAAAAUUGCAAAAUUGAUUUUAAUUAUUUAAAAAAUUAAAUCUUUCCAUCUUCCAUUGGUUAAACAAACAGAUAUGUCCAACCAGGGCUACUGUAUAAGACUUGAUUGCACUAUAAUGCUCACAUUUUGUUAAGAACAUCAACUUGCAAAUUAAUCAAGUUUGACUAAGAAAAAAAAACAUAAAAAAUGUAAACAUUUCAGCUUUAAUCUUAGGUUUGCUUACUCCAACAUACUGGUUGCUGCAUAUUUAUACACUAGUUGAUUUGUCCUUCCGAACAACUUUGGUAAUCCUGUGAAAAAUGGGAGACACACAUUCAGUUGCAGAUUCACAAUCUGAAGCGAGGGUGGAGGAGAGGAAGACAAUGCUACCCUAUGAGACUCAGUUCCUCACUCCUCUGA